UAAACAGGAACAUCUUUACUAAAUACUCUUUGGAGGAAAAGUACACUUGGAGACAUCACAGAGUAGAAAUGAUGGGUAUGGAAUAACUACUUUAAAUGCAAGUGUAAUAUUAAAGCUCAAAGAUUAUUCUUAAGUGCUUAAUGAACUGGGGGGUACAAGAACAUUUUGAGAAACUCAGCUCUUAAUUUUACAGAUACAGCAUCACAUCAGUGUCCUUAGGAAAAGGUCCCAGACACCAUAUCUCUUCUGCAAAUUAGCUUUCUACUUCAGUCUAUUUGUUGUUAUUCAAUACAUGUGGCUUCUAUACACAGCUCUGCCAGUGGAUGAAUAAUGGCUCUUACAUGAUAUCAGGAAAAAAACAUUCUCUUCCACACAGUAGAUAAUAUGCCUCUGAAGAACAGAGUUGCUUGGUUAUAUUUUGUAAGGUUAGUAAACUUUUAGUAUAAUGCUAUUUGCCUCAAAACUCCAUCUAACUCAUCUGAAAUUGGAGCAUUUCCUUUCAAAUAUGCUGAAGCUGUUGGUGGCUGGAAGAUGCAUUUUAGUCCCAGAGUGACUGCUUCAGUAAGCCCUAGCAUGAAUUCCUCCUCCUUCCUUCUUACUGGAUUUUCUGGCCUGGAGCAGCAAUAUUCCUGGAUCUCCAUUCCCUUCUCCACCAUCUAUACCAUGGUGCUUCUGGGCAACUGCAUGGUGCUGUACGUGAUCUGGACUGAGCCAAGCCUGCAUCAGCCCAUGUUUUACUUCCUGGCCAUGCUGGCCCUCACUGACCUGUGCAUGGGUCUGUCCACAGCGCACACGGUGCUGGGUAUCCUGUGGGGACUAAGUCAGGAAGUCAGCCUGGAUGCUUGCAUUGCCCAGUCCUAUUUCAUUCAUGGUCUGUCCUUCAUGGAGUCCUCUGUCCUCCUCGCUAUGGCUUUUGAUCGGUACAUUGCCAUUUGCCACCCAUUACACUACUCCUUCAUUCUAACUAAUAACAAAAUCAUUAAAUUGGUGUGGCAAUUUUAUGUAGGGUACAUACUCAUACCUCCGGUCAUCAUUCGCCUAAAGUUCUUGAAUUAUUGCCGUCCUCAUAUCCUUUCUCAUUCUUUCUGCCUGCACCAGGACUUCUCCGGUCUAGCCUUAGACAUCCAAUUCAAUAGCUACUAUGCCCUGAUGCUGGUCAUUUGCACACUAUUGUUGGAUGUUGUUCUUAUCCUUUUCUCCUAUGUUCUUAUUCUUAAAUCAGUCCUGGCAAUUGCUUCUCAGGAGGAGAGACGUAAGUCAUUUCAAACCUGCAUUUCCCACAUCUGUGCUGUUCUCGUGUUCUACAUCCCUAUCAUUAGCUUAACAAUGGUGCACCGUUUUGGCAAACAUCUCUCCCCCAUUGUCCAUGUCCUCAUGGGCAACAUCUACAUUCUUUUUCCACCCUUGAUGAAUCCCAUCAUCUAUAGUGUCAAGACCCAACAGAUUCGUAGUAGAAUGUUCAGAUUUUUUACCUUAAAAUUAUAUUGAGAUACUCAGUUCUUUUAAAAAUAAAGAGACGAC